AUGGGUCUCUAUAGAAUAAAGGUGAAGAGCGGUAUGUCUGAGAAUUAUUUUGAUCAGCUUCUAAUGCUAGUUAGUGACAUGCUACCUGGAGACAAUGUCUUGCCUAAGUCCACAGAUCAAAUGAAGAAGUUUUUGAAGGUCUUUGGAUUUGGCUACGACAAUAUUCACGCAUGCAAGAAUGAUUGCAUUCUAUAUAGGCAUGAAUAUGAGGAAUUAGUGAGCUGUCCAAGAUGCAGUGAGUCAAGAUGGGAAAGAGAUAAACACUCUGGUGAGGAGAAGAAAGGUAUUCCGGCUAAGGUGCUCCGUUAUUUUCCGAUAAAAGACAAACUACGGAGGAUGUUCAGAUCAAAACGACUGGCAGAGAAGUUACAGUGGCAUUUUACUAAUGCUAGUACCGAUGGUACUAUGAGACAUCCAGUGGACUCAUUGACAUGGAUUCAGGCAGAUGAUAAAUGGCCAGAUUUUGCUGCUGAGUCGAGAAAUCUUAGGCUUGGUCUUUCGAUUGAUGGAAUGAAUCCUUUUUCUAUACAGAACGCCAAGUACAACACAUGGCCAGUGCUCUUAGUCAACUACAAUAUGGGGCCAACAGAGUGUAUGAAAGCAGAAAAUAUUAUGUUGACCAUGCUGAUCCCAGGACCAACUGCUCCUAGCAACAACAUCGAUGUCUAUCUAAAGCCGUUAAUAGAAGACCUAAAGGACCUUUGGAACGAAGGUAUGGUGGUUUAUGACUCGUUCAAGAAGGAAAGUUUCACUCUUAGAGCAAUGUUGUUGUGGAGUAUAACUGACUAUCCAGCUCUAGGAACAUUAGCUGGGUGUAAAGUAAAGGGGAAACAAGCGUGCGUUGUUUGUGGGAAGGAUACACCUUUCAGAUGGCUAAAAUUCAGUAGAAAGCAUGUAUACAUGAGUAAUAGGAAGCGUCUAAGGCCUGGGCAUCCAUACAGACGUCGGAAAGCCUGGUUUGACAAUACUGUGGAGACAGGAACUGCUAGUAGAAUUCAAAGUGGAUCCGAAAUCUUUGAGAGCCUGAAGGAUUUUCGGAAUGAGUUCGGAAAACCGUUGGACAAGAAAGGAAAAAGAAAAAGAUCAGAUGUACAUGAAGAUGAUGUCAUUUCUCCUGAGGAAUGUGAAGAAGACAAUGACUUAUGGCGCUGGAAAAAGAGAUCCAUUUUUUUUGAUUUACCGUACUGGAAGGAUAUGCCAGUGCGUCACAACGUUGACGUUAUGCACGUUGAAAAAAAUGUAUCAGACGCAUUGUUGUCUAUUCUGAUGCAUAAUGGGAAAUCAAAAGAUGGCUUGAAAGCACGAAAAGACUUGGAGGAUAUUGGAAUUAGAAGCAACUUGCAUUCAGAGGUACAUGGGAAGAGAACUUAUUUACCUCCUGCUGCGUAUUGGCUUAGUAAAUCAGAGAAAGUUAGAUUCUGCAAAAGAUUGUCAAAAUUCAGAGGACCUGAUGGCUAUUGUGCUAAUAUUUCGAAUUGUGUCUCUGUUGAACCUCCCAUUAUCGGAAGUAUGAAGUCACAUGACCAUCAUGUACUAAUGCAGAACUUGUUUCCUGUGGUUUUGAGAGGUUUACUACCAAAAGGUCCUCGAGUUGCAGUGACUCGACUCUGCAAUUACUUCAACCGUCUAUGUCAGCGUGUGAUUGAUCCAGAGAAGCUUGUAACGUUAGAAGCAGAACUCGUGGAAACAUUGUGUCAGAUGGAAAGAUAUUUUCCGCCUUCGUUGUUCGACAUCAUGUUUCACCUACCACUACAUCUAGCGAGAGAAGCACGACUAGGUGGACCAGUUCACUUUCGCUGGAUGUAUCCUUUUGAAAGGUACAUGAAAACACUGACGGCCUAUGUCAAGAAUUUUGCUAGGCCAGAAGCUUGUAUGGCUGAAGGGUACUUAGCUGGCGAAUGCAUUGCCUUCUGCCUGGAGUUCCUUAAAAAAUCUGUCCCAGUUCAGGAAACAAUUAAUAGAAAUGAGGAUGUCGAGACAGAACAACCAGUCCUUGAGGGACGACCUUUGCAGAAAGCCACAGAGAUUACACUAACGGACAAAGAGCGUGACAUAGCUCAUCGGUACAUCCUCAUGAAUACAGCUGUUAUGGAUCCAUAUGUAGAGUUACAUUUGGAAGAACUACAAAUCAAUAAUGCAAGAUGCGCUAAGAAUGAAAUUCUUCUAUGGAAGUAUCAUAAUGAAAGAUUCUCGCAAUGGGUUAAAGAAAAGAUACCUACAAACUCAAAAGAACAUUCAACUAGGCUUCGAUGGCUUGCGUUUGGACCAAGACGUAUUGCUCAAAGCUACAAGGGAUAUGUCAUAAAUGGUCAUCGUUUCCAUACAGAUGACGUGAAGAGGAAGACACAGAACAGUGGUAUAUCAUAUGAAGCUUUCUCGAUGUGCAGAGCUAGUGCCAAGGACACGAGACAUAUGGCUGACAUAGUAGCAUUCUACGGAGUGAUAAAGGAGAUCAUCUUGAUAGACUACCACAUGUUCCAGGUUCCGCUUUUUAAGUGUGUAUGGGCAAAUAAAGGAAAUGGCUUGAAAGAGGAAGAUGGGUUCACGCUUGUGAAUCUCCAUAUGUCACAAUCAACAUUUAUCAGUGACCCUUACAUAUUGGCGUCACAAGCUAAGCAAGUUUUUUAUUCGAGAGAAGAAGGGUCCUCGCCUUGGUAUGUUUUCAUGAGAGCGCCACCUAGAGGAUACCAUGAGUUAGAGACAGAAGAAGAGUUUGUUUCAGCGACGUUAAGGAUACCAACUGAAGAAGAAGGAGAUAAUUCGUCUGAUGAUGAAGCUUUCUGUGUUAGAGAUGAUUGUGAAGAUAAAGAGCUUGACAUUGAUGAAGAUGAUACUGAAAUAGCCGAAGGGAAUGAAGAUCACAUUGGCAUAUCCGAAGAGAUUCAAGAGAGUGGAGACAUUCAGCAUUCAGAAGAAGAAAGAGUAGACACAGACGACGUAGAGCAAGAGGUUGUUCCGCCUGAAAACGUAGCAAGAGAACAAGAAGUCCAGACACAGCAGUCAGCGAACAAUAAGAGAAAGACAAGAGGUCCAACUAAAAUGAGGAAAGUUGCAAAAAAUCACGAUGACAGGGUAGAAGUGGAAUUCACCUCUUUAGGUGACCAUGUUGGUAGUGGGUCAGUAACACUCUCAUCUUUCCUUGGUCCUCUGGUCAGAGAGCAUGUCCCAGUUCUUCUUGAUGACUGGAGACAUCUGGACGAGCAGACAAGAGAUACUAUGUGGGAGGAAAUUCAGGGGAGAUUCAACUUGAAAGAAAGUUGGCAAAAAGAAACGGUAUUCAGACAUAUGGGUUGUUUGUGGAGAACCUCCAAAUCUAAGCUUGUGACACUUGAUCGUGCCACAAAAUGUAAGUCUCAGCUACAGAACUUGAAGCCAAGCAACAUACAAUCUACAGCUGCAUGGAACGCUUGGGUGAAAAGAAAAACAAGUGAAGCUUUUACGGUUUAA